AUUUCUCAAAUGUUAUAACCAUGAUCCAUCGCGAAAUCUCUGCUUUCGAGUCCCCGUCGCAUCUCGCCUGCCUCGACUCCCCUCAUGGAGUCCGUCUCCCCUUAUGCGGUCUCUGCGACGAAUCGAAGUGGCUUGAUUGUCAUCGUUGAAACCCUGUUUAUGACGUGGAUGAUCAUAGUGGGUUUGAUUCGGCUGUACAUGCGUCUGGCGAUCAAUGGGCCAGUCAAGCUUGAUGAUGUGGUAGUGUUUACUGGCAGUGCAAUGGCCAUCGCCCAUGUCGGAACAAUCAUGGAUGCAAUUUCCCAUGGUCUGGGCCGAUCAGAGGACGAAAGCUCGCUGCCGAACUUAAUACGCGCUGCAAAGGGCGUCUAUGCAGCAAACCUCUUAUUCCUAGCUGGACACGGCGCGGCCAAGAUUUCCAUAUGCUUGCUUCUCAAACAACUAGGCCGGCAAAAAGGCUACUUACUCUGUGCCAAAGUUCUUCUGGGCAUAGUCAUGGCAUGGACGUUUGCUUCGAUUAUUGCGGUUGCCCUUAGUUGCUUCCCACAAAACCAAUUUACCAUGGCCCAGCAUUGUGGUAAUAUUGGUAUUGCCUGGAAAAUGAUCACUGCGUUUGAUGUGAUUACGGAUGUCCUGACCUUUGGACUGUGUAUUUUACUGGUCUGGGGGGUUCAGAUGGGGUGGAAGCAAAAGUCGGCAGUAGUUUUUGCGUUUGGAACGAGGGCUCCGGUUGUCAUCUUAAUUAUACUUCGCCAGACCUAUCUGAACCACUCGCUUUUCCAUCCCGACGCACCUCUGCAUCUGUCGAAUUCAAUGGUCGUUACCGCCAUUCUCCUCCACUGCAGCAUUAUGGUAUCAACCGUGCCAUGUCUGAAGCCGUUUGUCAUUUCAUUCAACACAGGAUGGGGGCAGGGCGUCACAAACAGCAACGGCCAAAAUUCAUAUUUCACACCUACUGGGAAGAGCGCAUCGACCAACCAAUCUCACGUCUACUCAAUGAACAGAGGAGAGGGGGACGAGGUUGAUCUGACUGCUUCCCGGCAGUCGCAGGAUAGCCAGCACUCGCAACGUCUGAUUAUUCACCAGACGCGGGAGUGGAAGGUGGAGGAGGAGGAGUAUGAGAUGCACUCUAUACAAGAUCGAAUUUAG